AUGUCGAUCCGCUCCGAUGAUUACGUAAACUUCACGGAUGAUGACGUAAUCACUGACGCACCGUCGUCGACCACGUAUCUCAAGGCUGGAUCGGGUCACUUCCCAUCAAUCAACUUCUUGUUCGCAAAAGCCAACUGGCGCUUCACCACACUCUCUUUCAAGAUGCCCCGCUCACCCAACAUCAAGAACCUCUCGCUGUCCGUGAAGCUGGAAGUGGUGCUGUUUCUCUCGGACAUGGCUACCUGUGGAAGGCUUCCACGGGGAGCUAUAUCCCAGGUAGCAAUGCACUUUGGCUGCCACCGUAACACUAUCUACAAGGUGUGGACCGUCCGCGCUACGAUUUCUACUCAGCGUCUGCGCAACCACGGUCCUCCACGCGCACAUACCGACGGUGAAAUUAAGGCGAAGAUAGAAGCCGCACCGGUCCACGAUAGAACAACGCUCCGCAGUCUUGCUGCCUCAACAGGAAUCCCACGCACCCAGCUUUCCCGGUGCCUGAACGAGAAGAAUGUGCUGGAAAGGAUCACAGUCGUGCCGAAGCCAUUGCUCACCGCGAAGCGCUGCAAGUUUGGCCGUUCGUUCGUCAAUGAGCGAGCAGAAAUAUCAAUUUGCCAGCAUGCAUGA